AUGCAAUAGGUUAAUGCCCAGUCUUGUAUGUGCAAUUAGACAUAUCCAGAUGGAUGUUUGAUAAAUUAAAAUUGCACAUUAGUCAUAUCCCAUUCAAACAGCACAUGGAAUGCAGUAGACGAGCUUUUAAUAGAGAAUUGCAAUGUGACGAUAUGUCUAGAAAAAUUAGUGGGUAAAGCGAUAUUGAAUUUCAGCUAAUUAACAAUCAACAAUGCAAAUAUAAUAUAAGAUGACGCUUGUUAUUCCAUAUUAUCUUAAUAAUUAAUCUUCUUGGGAAAUUAAACUAUUAUUUCAUCUUCUAACAUAUUGCUUUAUGGGAAUAUACAAUUUUAAUUCAUUACUACUAAUAUGAGUAUAAGCCAUGCAAAUCUAUUGUCAAACAGUUUAAAUCUCUGUACAGAUUACUUGUAGGUCAGCAAUUCAACCAUUAGAACUCUAAUGUAAAACAAAUCAUAAUGCUCAUGCUUAAGUAAUCAAAAUUGUUCUAAUCAGAUGUAUAUCAAAACCAUUUUUAGCUUUGUGGGCUAUAUCACUCAGAACUAUACUAACUUAUCUUCGUAAUAUAUUGAGUAGUAGUGGAUUUCACAGUUUCAAUGCAGUUUUUUCAGUCCAAAGACACUGACUUACUUCACCUCAUUAAUUUCAGUCAAAAAUCACUUUAGUUUGGCAUAACAUUCAAAAAUCAAAGGGUUCUAUGUUGGAAUCUAUGCCUAUAGUUUAGAAAUUGAUCGAACUAGUUAGAUUUUGACUGAUGGAAUGGGAUACUCCACCAAUGAGGGAUAUGGUUGUGGAUACACUGAUAAAAUAAUAGGAUUGAGAUAGUAAUGUGGAGGUACUGGAGGAAGUCAUGGAGGAAUGGGAGGGUUCUCAAUAAGUCCAAAGUCUAAUUACAAUUAAUUGUGCUUACAACUACAGAGCAAGCAGAUUUAUGAUUACUCAUUCAAUCCAGUAUUACCAGGAAGUGGUGGAGGUGGAGUAACAUAUGGAAAUUAGUUUUAUAAAUUUGAAAGUUAAGGGCAAGGAGGAGGAGUCAUGCAUUUAGAAGUGUUGAAUUUAUAUAAUGAUGGGAUAAUAAGUUCAAAUGGAUCUGCAUAUAUCCAGGAACCAUUUUUCGGGAGUGGAAGUGGAGGUUCGAUUUAGAUUAGAAUAAUCUAUUUCAGUGGACAAGGAUUAGUAACUGCCGAUGGCGGUGGUUCUUAAUCUGGUAAUGAUUUUGAUACGGAUUAGUUUGCCAGAUAGAAAUUUUAUUAGACAUACCAAAUCUAUGGAGGAUUUGGAGGAGGAGGAAGAAUCAGAUUGUUCUUCUUCAACAUUACAGAAAUGAUUAAUAGUUCUUAUUAUAACAAUUGCAACAGUAUUAUGCAAACCAAUCCUGGUGGUUUAUCAAUCCAGUAAAAAGAUAUACUUAAUAUGUCAAAUCAAGGUCUUAUUAAAUUUCAAGGUUCGAUUACGCCUACUGGAUGUCCUUAAGGUACAUAAGGUAUUUAUUGUUAAAAAUGUGGGAAAGGAUAUUAUAAAAUGCUUUUUGGACAAGCACCUUGUAAACCAUGUUUUAACACUAUAAAUAAAAACACUAGUUACUAAAUUGAGGGAGAAAACACACCUUUUUGUAAAGUUGUAUGCAAUGAUGGUAAAUAACCAAAAGAAGAUUAGUGUUUGACUGGAUUGGCAGAAUUCUCUCAAAAACUAGGAGGUCAAAAUGUCAUAUUUGCUCUGUUUGUUACUAUCAUUUUGCUAUUGAUUAAUAUUGCUAUUGUUUGGGCGAGCAGGGAUAAGAAUUCGAAGAAGUCAAGACAAUUUUAUGGAUCCUAUGAUGAAUCAAGCUUCCAGCAGAUGACUAAUUCUCUAUCUGAGUUAAAUAACAAAACUUACUUAAUUAGUCAGGAUCUCCAUUUUCAUGUGCGAAGAAUAUAUCUGGCAGGAUGCAAUACGUAUCAAAAUCCAUGGUAGAUUUAUUAAGAAACUUUGGUUGAUAGUGAUCUUAACCAAGGAGACAAUAAGGAAUUGUAAGUUCUCUUUGAAACAUUCAACUAAAAAGCAUUGUUUACUGUUUUUGAGAAAUACACUUUGAUAUUUUUCAAAUUCUAUUAUUAUCCUCUUUACAUUUGGAUUCUUCAAUUGAUCCAAAAAAACAAGUUCAAAACCCUAUCCAAAUUAUUUGUUAAAUAGGAGCAUCUUUAUAAUGGAUUGGAUUCUGAUAGAGAUAAGAUGAAACUCAAAUUCUCAUGUUCUAAAGAUAAGACCUUAGCAUUCAUUGAUAGACUCAAUUUAGCUUUGAAGAUUGUAGAACAGAGUAAUACUUUAGAAUUACCAAUCUACUUAGUAUUAAGUGGUUAUGGUACAUUCUCAUACCCAUUUUAAAUAAACAUUCAUGAUGCUCUCAUUAAGAGAUUAUGGUAGUAGUUUAGCUUUAACACAAAUGAGGAAAGCAUCAAUCUCUUUGAAAAGUUUGUUACUGAAUUCAACUAUUAUGCAGUCAAGAUAGAUUUCAGAUAAUCGCAAUCCUCAUUCAUUCAAAGAUUUCUUGAACUUGUUAAUUACACAAACCAAUAUAAUUAUGAAAUCUUUAGAUUGCAUCAUUUCAUAUAAGUUGAUAUUUGUAUCCAUAUAAUAGCCAUUUAACCCUGUUCAUAAAGUUAGGUAUAUUUACUUGGAAAUGCAAAUCAACGAGAACUAGAAUUUCUAUUAAAACAAAUUCAUGUUAUGAAGAAUUUACCUGAGGAAUUCACUAUCAAAUUAUCUAUUAUCUUUAAUAAUUAUAAUAAAGAAAGAAUUAUUAAUUUGGAGAGCUUUAAUAACUUGGCCUACAAUAUAAACGAAUAAUUGUAGAUCAUUGUUAAUAAGGACAAAGAUGAUCUGAAAAAUCAGAUUUAAUAGGAGAAGAAAAAGAUGCAAUCAAAAAUAAAUUGUUUUAAGAUGGAUGGAAUGAAACAAUAUAAACUGAAAGGAAUACAAGUAGUUAAAAGAUUCUUCACAUGGCUUUUUAGUCAGAUUACUCGAUAUCGAGAUAGCAGAGUCAAUUAGUAAUUCCUUAUUGCUGGAAUAUGCAUAACCCUUGCAAUCUAAUGGUGUUUUGUCAUUGCCUAUCCUGUACUCUUAUUUAUUGUGAAUGAUUUAGAAAGCGAUCAAAUAUUUGUGGCUGAAUUCAUCACUCAACUAGUGAUAUUUCCUGUAGCAUAGAUCAUUAGUUUGGUAAUUCUCUCGGCUUGGCUUCUAAAAUCAAGAAGAAAUUAUGGCAAAAUGUACCUUUUAUUCAAUUUAUGUGCCUUGGCAAGUUCAUUGAUUGAAUUCAUUUUUGGAUGCUAUGAUCUAUUCAACUUCAAUUCAAGUGCUGAAUUUAAUUUAUUUAAAUUAUUCCCUUUCUUUUUCAUUAUGCUUUCGUCACAUUUAGUUUGUCUACAAAUGAACUUUAACGAACUCAACAAAACCAAAUAUUUUGAAAUUUGA